UUAUAGAUCAGAAUAUGUUGAUGAAAGCGAUUUUAUUGCUGGUCAUUACUUUGAUUUCGCUUUGUCAAUCUGCUAGCCGAAAUUUGAUUACACUAAACGAAGAAACAUGGACCGACAUAUUGAACGGUGAAUGGAUGGUUGAAUUUCAUGCCCCAUGGUGUCCAGCUUGCAAAGAUUUACAAAAAGCAUGGCAUGCAUUUGCCGACUGGAGCAAGGAUCUUAAUAUCAAUGUUGCUGAGGUUGAUGUUACCGUAAAUCCGGGAUUAUCAGGCCGUUUUCUUGUUACUGCACUUCCCACCAUCUACCAUGUGAAGGACGGUGUAUUCCGUGCUUAUGCAGGACCUCGUGACAAAAAUGAUUUUAUCAGUUAUAUCGAGGAAAAGAAAUGGACCUUCUAUGAUCCUAUUCCAAACUAUAAGUAUCCAAGCUCACCGCAGAUGUCAGUAGUGGCUUGGUUCUUCAAAUUAUCGAUGUUUGUCCGUGACAAGCACAACUAUUUAGUUGACGAGGUGGGUAUACCAUCGUGGGCCUCAUAUUCCGUAUUUGCUGGUAUAACUUUGGCUUUGGGCUGUAUACUUGGAUUUUUCAUUGUCUGUAUCAUUGAUCGAGUUUUUCCUACUGGUGAACAACUUCCUAAAGCGGAAAAGAAAUCAACAAAGAAAGAUCAAAAAGCUAAAUCUAAAAAGGAUGAAGGGAAGAAAAAAGACGACGAUCAGUCACAGGAUGAGAGGAACUCUCAGGACGAAGAAUCAGCCGAUGAAAGUAUGCGAAAUAGGAAAGGUGCCAAGAGUGAAGCAAAGAAGAAAAAGUUAUUUAAGAGUUAAUCAAAAUAUUCAUUAAAAUAUUAUUUGAACCACUUCGAUCCUUAUACAGUGCGAAAGCGGUCUUAAGGAGCAGUAUACUUGUUCGCUAAGUAAUUUAUGUUCGCUUACGGUAUUAGCG